AUGAGCUCCCGAACAGAGAGUACAGCCGAACAGUUUGAUCGGCUAAGGAAAUCUUUGAUCAUCCAGGUGGUCGAGUCUUCGGUCGAGUUUACGGAGGCAAAGCCCAAGACAGCUAGCAAGGGUGACGGCAGGACGGAUCAAAACUUCUUCCUCAGGCAUGUCGCCAAGGUUGGCGCGAACUCAGCAAAAGAUCUCAAAGAAUUGUGUCUGGGCCAUGCAGUGUCCAUGACAGAGGAGCAGAUUUCUGCGUCUGGUAGAGCAUCCGAGGAUGCCGAUGAGAAUAUCGCUUGCAUCGAGAACGAGCUCCAGGCUCGCCGCCGCCUGCAUCAGUUCCGACAAUCGUCCCGCUUCAGCCAGAGCAUGGACAGCUUUGCUGCAAGCAAACCACGACGGAAGACGCUGUUGAGCUCGUCGAUCGACAACGAGGGCGAAGCAGAGAUUCAUCAAGUGAUACAGAAGAGACCGAGGAAAGAUUACAACAGGUGCAUCGGCGAUAUGCUGCAGCAGGAGAUGGUAUGCGAAGAUCAACCCAGCCCAAGGUUGAAUGCGGAGCUAUCGAGCUCCAUGGACUCGCUGUGUAUAACAUGA